AUCGCCUUGCCCAAUCCGCGGCGCGCUUCUAUGCCACGCAUCCACCACGCUUGCGCCGACUCGUCGCGAUGUCAUCAUCCGCACCGGCAGCCACCAAAUGCAAUGCCGUAGCCACUAGCUCCGGUUCAGGCAGCUCACUCCGCGACAGGCUCGCCGCCGUCCUCCCGCAGGGCCACAGGUUCGGCAUCCACCACGUCUCUACGCCGCCGACGCGGACCGACCCUCUCUGCCCGGCCCCACCGGGUCAUCGCCCAGACAAGACUUACAGGGAAGCCCAUUUUCUCGCCGUCUCGAUCCAGCCGCAGCAGGACAAUGCCGCACCGCCGCUGAAGCGAACCUCACCGGGCGCAGACCAGUGCAAGCGAGUCGACACGGCGAAGCAGAAGCAGACAUUGGUCUUUGCCGUCGAGGUCUUCAUAUUCACCACCGCGUACCAGACGACCCUGUUUGUAUCGAAGGCCGAUUCGACCGGCUACCUCCACCUGCUCAAUCUCCCGAAAGACUCGCCGUCUCCCAUCCGCCAGGUCUGCGCCACAUUCCUUGCGUACCUCCUCGACCACCGCCGGCGCAAACACGUCCAAUCCGUCGUUAACCUGUUUGCUCGCGCGCAAACACAAUACCUCUUCCCGGGAAGCGUCCGCAACUCUGGGAAACAUGUCCUCGACGACUGGGGGCUCGUCAGGUGGUGGUGCAAGGUGCUGAACCCGUUGAUAGAGGGGUUGAGCAACCAGUCAUGGGGGAAGACCAAGGGUUACCUCCUCGUGCCGGGGCUGGAGAUGUCGGAAAUGAGGGCCUUCAUCCCACGUACACCAGCGAGCGCGCAGAAAUGGGAGAUCGGCCAUGCCCUAGAACGCAUUUCUCACUACGCUCGCGAUCUCGACCGCGUCCCGCCGCGAUGCCUGAUCCCCGGUUACCCCGAUGACCCCAAGUCGCGGUUCCGUGACGAGCUCGACGAGGAGGUCUCCAAGCAGAAACAGGGCAUUGCGGCGUGGAAGAGCGUAAAGUCAUUGGACCAGUUCUGGGAGAUGAUGUCUUUUCGUCAAGAGUGCUCUAGUGGGCGUCUGACCGGCUUCAUAUGGCUGGUGUUUGACCCUCCGGAAUCCGACGGGUCUCUCUCGGAUUCUACGCCUCCAACAGCCGCCGCUACAGCAGCCCAGCCUCCGUCCACGGUUACCAAGAAGAAAAAGAAGAAGAAAUUGUCGGGCCGGAUUGUUCCCCGCAUACCAAAGAUCAAGAAGCAUGCCCGCAAUCACCACAUGGAUCGUCGCCCGGUCACGACUGCCUACUAUUACUGGCCACUCGAGGGCCGGGGGGAUAAACUCGUGUGGAAGGCUGAGUACAAGCGCAUCGUGGAGUUACUGCUCCACCUGGACUUCUCGACCCUCGACAAGGCUGUGGGGAGCUCCCAGCGGUGGCUCGCUGAGGUUGGCAUAGGCGGCGGGGCGGAUAGUGGCAUUGUUGUCGGCAAUGCAGUCGUCCCUGACUCGCUGAGUGCUGACGGAGGUGUUUCUAGCGCAGUCAGCGGGAAGGUGACGAACCUGACCAGCCUCGUCAGGAGGAAAGACGCCUCCCAAACGACAGGAGUCGAUCCAAGUCAGAGCGUCGACUCGGCAUCAAAAUCGUCGGAAGCGUCCACAGGCGAGCCAUCAGCAACGAAGCAGAUCAACGUUCUUGGCGCCAACCUCGUUCGGAAAAAGAAAAGGAACGCCGAGGAUGCUGAUCUUGAAAGUAGUUGACAUUGCGGGCCGCAAGGAGACACUCAGGGGAUGUCCAGCCUACAUGAGCCUGGAUUAUUGGCCCGGCCCAUUGCACUUCGCAUUACAGGAGACACUACCGGCACGAGAU